UUGUAUUUGCUUGCAGUUGCUACUUGCUAGUGCCUGUCUUACUAAUUGGACGGCGAUUGAAGUGUUUGAGCUAAGCCACAAAAGAAGAAAUAGGAAACUAUAGAUUUCAAGUCUGAAUCGAAAUUCGAAAGCUUAAUUAAUUGUCACAAAUUUGGGAAAUCUCUUGGAAGUUCUUUGUUUUACAAGUGUUUUAUGAUGCCAUGACGGUGAACUUCAGUCGUAUUGGGAAUUCCACAUGAAUCCAAACGAGCAGAAGCGGGUCGAAAAAUAACACAACUUCAGCUUGAAAAUGCAGCUCACCAUGAUUCAAACUCCAAUAUCUUCUGAUGGUGCUCAGUCAACUGGUUCUAAUAUGGACUUCAUACUUGAGAAAAUUUGGAACAAACCAAAUGCACCCCUGAAAGAAUUUUUUGAAAUGUGGUAUAAUGUUUUUUUGUGGGCCAUGUUUUCUUCUAUCUUCAUUCAUUCUGUUGCUGCCAUAAUUGCAUUUCUAACCUUAAGGAAGCAUGCGGUUGGGAGGUUUUACUCAAUUAUUAUUCUCUUGAUGGGAGUUGUCACACCUCUAACAACUGGGGCUGUAACAAGUGCAGUUGUAUCAUUUGUAUAUGAAAAUUCAGGACUAGAAAUGGCCAGGUGGCAUGUGGCAUUAUGGGGCGUUGGACAAACAUUCUGUGGAGCAUGUUUUGGAUUUACGAGAAUUCUUGCAGUAUUAUAGACAACAAUGGUUGUAUACCGUCACAUUCUGUAUAUUUCUCAAGUUGUAUAGUUUAUUAACAUAAUUGAUGCCUUACUAAACAUCUAGUUAAGGUGGAAUCUGAUAAAGGAAAUGUGCAGGUGUUGAAAAUUUUACAUAAAUUUACUGCUCUAUUGUUAAUAUUUUUAUUGUAAUAGAUUCUUUAAAGUAAACAAUUGUUUACUA